AUGUGCGCACGGCACACCGUCAUCUAUCUAUUGGACGAUCGACAGCAAGAUCUACUGGACGAUCGACAGCAAGAUCUACUGGACGCUCGACAGCAAGAUCUACUGGACGAUCGACAGCAAUAUCUACUGGACGAUCGACAGCAAUAUCUACUGGACGAUCGACAGCAAGAUCUACUGGACGAUCGACAGCAAUAUCUACUGGACGAUCGACAGCAAGAUCUACUGGACGAUCGACAGCAAGAUCUACUGGACGAUCGACAGCAAGAUCUACUGGACGAUCGACAGCAAGAUCUACUGGACGAUCGACAGCAAGAUCUACUGGACGAUCGACAGCAAGAUCUACUGGACGAUCGACAGCAAGAUCUACUGGACGAUCGACAGCAAGAUCUACUGGACGAUCGACAGCAAGAUCUACUGGACGAUCGACAGCAAGAUCUACUGGACGAUCGACAGCAAGAUCUACUGGACGAUCGACAGCAAGAUCUACUGGACGAUCGACAGCAAGAUCUACUGGACGAUCGACAGCAAGAUCUACUGGACGAUCGACAGCAAGAUCUACUGGACGAUCGACAGCAAGAUCUACUGGACGAUCGACAGCAAGAUCUACUGGACGAUCGACAGCAAGAUCUACUGGACGAUCGGCAGCAACAUCUACUGGACGAUCGACAGCAACAUCUACUAGACGAUCGACAGCAACAUCUACUGGACGAUCGACAGCAACAUCUACUGGACGAUCGACAGCAAGAUCAACCACAUCAGGUUUAA